CUGAACAGCUCACUUCCACAUGCAAGUCGGUGGUGCUGGCGGCGGCGCUGCUGCGGGGGCAUAUCCAGCCGGCGGAGGCGUUGGCGGCUGCGCGGCUGGAAGAGGAUUUCCAAGCGGAUGAGUGGGGACGCGUGGAGGCGGGGCAUGACCUGGAUGAGGCAGACUUGCGCAGUCGCGUGCGACAGGCCAAUGCUCAUCCCUCGAGUCUCUUGAGGGCACCAUGUCGGCAUAAACAUCUCGGCAAACUCCUCCCUUGGAGACCACGGCAAGGCUUGCCGCCCCGGAAAUCUGCCGCUAUCCGUCAGCUCCACGCGAGGGGCAUAUUUGCCACGCCCCUUUUGUACAGUAUGGCUGCAGCCCCAACUAAUUUGCUGCUCGCACAAAAUUUCACAGCGGACCUGAACAACUUGGGACGUGCAAAUAGCCCUGCUAUUUCUGGGGGUCCAGUCCCGGGUGCGGCAGCGCAGAACGGCUUGCAGUUCCAAACUCGCGAGGAGGCGCAGAUGUUCUUGCAAGCCGCGGGCCGGGCGCAGCCUAACGGUGCCAACGCAGCGGGUGGUAUAGCUCUUACACGCGACGCAGUGGCGGCUUUGCAGCACGCGGCGCAGGUGGCGGCAGUCAACCAAGCAAAGAUGGUGCCACAUGGCAAUGGCAACGUUGCGAACGGCACCGUCCGCUCAUCUGUGCCUGUUGUGCCGCCUCUUGGUCAGGGUCAGAAUCCUGCUCUUGCGAACCUACAUACUCAGGCGCAACUGCAGGCGGCGAUGAAUGCACAACGUGCAGCUGCUCAAGCGGCCGUUGCUCAGCAAACAAAUGGUUUGUCUGCAGCCAAUAACCAGGCAGCGCUCUUUCUCGUGCAGAAUCAGCUUGCGCAAGCCCAGGCUGCGAACAACGCUGCUCAGGUGAAUCCGUUUGGAUUGCAGAACGGGUUACAAAACAACCCCAUUGCGGCGGCCGCUGCAGCGGCGGCCGCGGUGGCUGCCAGCACGCAGGCUGCACAGGCGCGGGCAGCCGCUGUUGGUAACGCUAACCUUCUGCAGCUCCAGCAGGCAGCCCAGGCGGCGGGAUUGCAGCGCCCCCAGGCUAUGGCAUGGGCACAGAAUCAGGCAUUGCAGAACGCUGCCAUUGCACAACACAACCUUGCCCAGCAGAAUCUCGCCGCUGCACAGAACAACCCCGCUCUCCUCGCAGCAGCUCUGCAGGCCCAGCAGGCGCGCGCAGCUCUACAGGUGCAGCAGCUCGCUGCGCAGCAGCAGGCUGCGGCUGCUGCGGCCGCCCGACCGCUUGCACCUGCGCAGCCGAGUUCUGUCGCAGCGGCUCAGCAGCUGCAGGCACUGCGCCAGCUGCAGGCACGCCUUAACGCCGCACAGGCACCAAAUGCACUUGCAGCAGCAGCCACGCCAGCCGCUCCUGUGAAGCCUACCGAAGCGCAAAUACAGAUUCUGCGCACCGCACUCGCUCGCAGCGCGGCGGGACGUGCUGCACUGAAUGCUGCCAAUGUACUCGGUGCUGGAACUCCCCGCGCUGCGGUUCCUCCUGCUUCUAACGGCACAGCGUCAACACCUGCCUUGAACCCGCUGCAGCAAGCCAUUAAUAUACAGCUCUUACUCCAGCAACAGCGCAACGUUGCGCAGGUGCAGCAGGCGCAGGUGACUGCGGCUAUGGCCAACAACCUUGCCGCGAACAUCCAGAACAACGCGGCAGCGGCGCUUAAUGGACAGCUAGCGGCCCUACAGCAGGCUGCCGCCGCGAACGCUGUAGCGAACGGUCAGCGGUCCGUGAUGCCGGGUAAUACAGCAGCUGCGCUGGCCAGUAUUGGCGGUGCCAAUGCUGGUGUGCUGAAUGAGGCGAUGCUUCAGAACCUGCAGAAGCUGCAGCUGGCCAAGGCGAUGCAAGACUCAGCCGCUGCCGCCGUCACUGGUCUUUCCAUGCCAGCCGUGGACAAGGUUGCCACGUCCGGCGGUGACGCGUCGUCAUCGUCGAACAGUAGCAAGGAGCAGCGCCGCCUGGCGCUGGCGUGCGUUGCACUGCAGCUGGCGCGCGGUGGCAUGACGGUUGAACAGGCUAUUCAAUCAGGAAUUAUGGGCGGCAUGAGCGUCACGGACGUAAAGUUCAUUGUUGAGUGUUACAAUGCAGAGCGGCAGCGCAUGCAGAGUGAAGGCGUACCUGGUGCGGUGACUGGUUCAUCAUCCGGUGGUGGUGCUGCGGCCGGCGGCACACCCCAGCAGUCGGGCGCCCCACCACAGCAGGGUGUUUCCCCGGGCCUGCCUGGUGGUCCUGGCAGUGGUCACGGCGUAGCUACCAGUGGGAUGCCCGGCCUUCCAGGGCAUCUGAUGGGCCAUGUCGAUCUUGGCUUGCAUGGUAUCUCCAUGGGCAGUAUGGGCGCCCCGCCGGGCAUGGUUGGACAUCACGGCAUGGCGCCCAAUGGCAUGCACCAGCCACCACUUCCCUACGCGCAUUCACCGUCCGCCCCGGGCAGCCCUGCGGUCGGUGAGUCGAAGGAUGCUGUCGCGCUUGCGGCAGCUACUGUUGCUGCGGCCGGUGGUGCUAGCCGCUUGGGCCCCAUCUCUAUCCCAGGCCAUUCCUCUGCGCCCGUCUCGCCACCUCGCACGGCCAGCCAGGGCAGCCCCACCAAUAACCGCAUCCAGAUUACGGGCCCCGGCUCAGAUGUGGAUGGUGGCGGCCACGAGACACGCUCAGAGGGUGGUGCAUCCGCUGAGCUUGCGGCCGAUGCGGCCGCAGCUGUUGCGGCCCUAGCCAAGGAGUCCUUCGAUGCUUUCUCGUAUGGAUUCUUCGGUACCACAGAGGGGCCUGCCAUGGGCGAGCUUCUUGGCGAGCUGGAGACCGGCGGCGCAGCCGACGGCGAAUUAGAGUCUGGUGCGGUCGCAGCACUGGACGCGGAGGGAGAUGGUGAACCGGGUGGCAUUGGGCUUGGCGGCCCAUCCCCACUCCUGGGUGAACUCGACCCCGACCAGGCCGCCUGGCUAAGGGCUGCGGCGUCAGCUAACCAGGCGAUGUGGGCUGGUGAGGGUGCCGAGGAUGGCCCCAUUUCUAAUGACGAAAUUGCAGCUCGCCUCGCUAAUCUGGAUCUUGGAUCUGGCUUCUUUUAA